UGAGAACAAUCUCUACAGCUUCUUCUCCAUUACUAACAACCCCAUUUUUAUUCCUUUCUACAUUAUUAUAGCUUGUUCAUUCCCACAAGGAAUUUGUAACUUCUUCAUUCAUUAUCUCUUUGUUUUCUUCAUCUUUAUUUGUUAUAUUAUCUUGUCACUUUCUCAUUCCUCCAUAUAAACCACUUCUCAACUUCUCCAACUUCAUAUCAUUUUGUGUUCAAACAUCUUAGUGAAUGAAAAUGAAGAAGCUUUUCUUAGUUGUUCUUUUAUUGGCUCUGGCUCUUGGCAUUGCUCAAAGUUUCGAUUUCCAUGAAAAGGAGUUGGAGUCUGAGGAAAGCUUGUGGGAUUUGUACGAGAGAUGGAGGAGCCAUCACACAGUUUCCAGAAGUUUUGAUGAGAAAAAUAAGCGAUUUAAUGUGUUCAAGCAUAAUGUUAUGCAUGUCCACAAUACUAAUAAGAUGGACAAGCCUUAUAAGUUGAAGUUGAACAAGUUUGCGGACUUGACUAACCAUGAAUUCAGAAAUACUUACUCCGGCUCCAACGUUAAGCAUCACAGAAUGUUCCAAGGGGCGCCAAGAGGUAACGGGAGCUUCAUGUAUGAGAAGGUAGAUCUUGUCCCACCGUCUGUUGAUUGGAGAAAAAAAGGCUCUGUCAACCCUGUAAAGGACCAAGGCAAAUGCGGAAGUUGUUGGGCAUUUUCAACAAUUGCAGCAGUUGAAGGUAUUAAUCAUAUUAAGACAAAUAAGCUUGUGUCGUUGUCUGAGCAAGAGCUGGUAGAUUGUGACACUUCUGAAAACCAAGGAUGUAAUGGAGGGCUAAUGGAUUUGGCAUUUGAGUUCAUCACGAAAAAGGGAGGCAUAACAACAGAGAGUAAUUAUCCUUACCAAGCUAAUGAUGGAACUUGUGAUGUUGCAAAGGAGAAUUCUCCUGCAGUGUCAAUUGAUGGGCAUGAGAAUGUACCUGCUAAUGAUGAGGAUGCAUUGCUUAAAGCUGUUGCAAACCAGCCAGUUGCAGUGGCUAUUGAUGCUGGGGGUUCAGAUUUCCAGUUCUAUUCUGAGGGUGUAUUUACAGGAAAAUGUGGCACAGAGUUGGACCAUGGUGUUGCAGUUGUGGGUUAUGGAAUUACACUUGAUGGAACCAAGUAUUGGAUUGUGAGGAACUCUUGGGGACCUGAAUGGGGAGAGAAGGGUUACAUAAGAAUGCAGCGAGGCAUCUCGAGCAAAGAGGGACUGUGUGGCAUAGCUAUGGAGGCUUCAUAUCCCAUUAAGAAAUCUUCAACUAACCCAAUUGGACCUUCACAUUCUCUAAAAGAUGAACUCUAAUUCAUGUUCACCAUUGUCUUGAGCUCUGCUCUCAACCUUUAGCUAUUUAUAUCUUCUGUGAUAAAAGUUGCAUGCCUCAUGGCAUCACGAUUCAUCAAUAUGUUUUUUCUCAGAUUUUAAUGCUAUGUAUCAGUAACAACUUCAUCAAUGAAUAAUGUUUUUCUCA